AUGACUCCCACAUUGGUGGGGGGCGACGACCCCCCCCUCACUGGUCAUGGAUUCGACAUUCGAGAGAUAUUUGGGUCUAGUGGUGGGGUACCUGGUCUUCCAUUAGGUUUCUCUUUAUUUGUGGGACUGGUCGGAACUCAAUCCGAAGGCCUGAGGGCCCUCCCAUCUGAAAUGAUAAAGAGAUCCCGAUCCGAAGGAGGUAAAAAGUACCGAGUAAGGGCUAGUAAGAAGAAAUUGGUCCCACACCAACUUUGGGCCUGGUGGGCCGAUUACCUACCAGCACACGUAUCUUUACUCUGCCACCGUGAUCUCGAGGGUAUUCUCAACGGAAUUGACCGUGACUGUAAUUCAGAAGAUUACUUUAAAGAUAUCCAACGAGUGCUCACCACGAGAUUCGCCUACAGCAAUUCCAAUCCUGUAGAUCAGGGUGUAGUGUUUACACUUAAUAUGGGCGAGGGCCCCAGUCCAGCGCUCAACUCAUUCGCUACCUAUUCAUUCGAAUAUCGCGAUGAAUCCGUAGUGGUCCCCGUGGGUGACCUUCAGGCUUUUCCACUUCAAUUGGAUCCGGUGUCCAUUUUAAUUCACCUAUUCACCAAAUCUUUGGGUGGACUUAGGGCCAUCCGGGGGGACCCCAGUGGACAAGAUCCGGAAUUAAAGCUCCCUCCUCGGCUCCGAGACCCUUAA